CCGUCACAUCUGGCAAGGUUGGUUCACUCUGUGAGUUGACAGAAAAUUUUGUGCAGUAAAAGCACCAUUUUUGUAGCGAAAUCUAUAGUAGAAAGAUAUUCAAGUGACUACUAUUAACAUGGGCGACGGUGCUGGAAAUUGGUGUCUCAUUGAAUCCGAUCCCGGGGUAUUCACAGAGCUUAUUCGCGAAUUCGGAUGCGAUGGGGCACAGGUGGAGGAGAUCUGGAGUCUCGACAGCGAGUCCUUCAAGAACCUAGAGCCCAUCCAUGGUCUGAUCUUCCUGUUCAAGUGGGUGCAGGAGGAUGAACCCGCUGGAAAAGUGGUCCUGGAUCGGGAGAACAUCUUCUUUGCCAAGCAGGUGAUCAACAACGCAUGCGCCACCCAGGCGAUCUUGAGCCUCCUGAUGAACCUGGAUCAUGAGGACAUCAAAUUGGGCGAGACCCUCACCAAUUUUAAGGAGUUCUGCCAGUGCUUCGAUCCGUACAACAAGGGAUUAACUUUGAGCAACGCUAGCCAGAUUCGCACGGUGCACAACUCCUUUGCUCGCCCAACACUCUUCGAGCUGGACACUAAGAACCAGAAGAAGGACGAUGACGUGUACCACUUUGUCGGCUAUAUGCCCAUCGGAGGAAGACUGUACGAGCUGGACGGCCUGAGGGAGGGACCCAUUGAUCUUGGUGAGAUCAAGUCGGAGCAGAACUGGAUCGAUGUGGUGCGUCCGAUUAUUGAGAAGCGCAUGCAGCGCUACAGCGACGGCGAGAUCCACUUCAAUCUGAUGGCUCUGAUCUCGGACAGGCAGCGCAUUUAUGAACAGCAGAUUGAGAAGCUGCUUAAUCCGGCGCCCAAUGCUAUGGACACUGAGGAGGAUCGACAGGCGGAGAUCAGUAGCUUGCGCACGUACAUAGAGUACGAGAUUCAGAAAAAGAAGCGCUACAAAGUGGAGAAUGUGCGGCGCAAGCACAACUAUUUGCCCUUCAUCGUGGAGCUCUUAAAAAUUCUGGGCGAGAACGGACAACUAAUGCCCAUCUACGAGAAGGCCAAGCAGAGGGCGCUAGAACGCGAGCAGGCGCAGCGCAAAAAGGAUACCGACUAAGCAUUUACAGUAUAUAUUUAAAAUUUCCCGUUGGACAAUUUAAAAUUGCUGCGAUAUUUGAAAUAAAAGAAAAAAGAAUGGAAAUUAUCAGAUAUUGAAACGAGGAGAGCCAGUUUAUAUUGCUCUUUAGUAGUUAGAUGAAACUGCCUUUGUACUGUACUUUAGUUUUUAUAUUAAACAUCCUGCUCUCUGCCAGUUAAUCGUACGCACAUCUGCGUGUUAAUCUAAAUAUACCUUAUACAUAUAGUAAAAAAUUUAAAUAGAACGCAAAAAUAAACAGUUUCGGUAACGUAAAGAAAAC